GGACGAGCAGGACACCGCAGAGAGCCGGCAGCAGAGGACAUCACAGCUUCUGUGACAGAGACAAAGACAGACUCGCCGAGGCUUGGUGGCGGCGAGUGGAAUGGAGAUCAUUCCCCCCCUCCCGACGUCCUGCAGAGCAAACCGCAUGCAGGGACAGACAGUAGUGAGUGUUGGAGCAUCGCAAGUGAGUGAGUCGCCCCCCGGCGCUGAUUUACAGUCGAUGGAGGACAGCUGAGCCGGGGAGACCUAGGAUCCAUUCCUCUCCAUGGAAGGUGUACCCCUCCCUCGGUGUGCCGGCUAUAAAAAGCUGCGGCCCUCGGCUUGCACAAGCCACCGCCACAUUCAAUACCCAUCAGAGCAAAAAGGAAUUAUUAACUCUCUGUAACUGCUAUGUGCUGCAAAGGUCAAAAUGACAUAGAAACCAGGAGUGGCGGAGGUGAUGAGAAGAUGGAUAAUGGCAUGUCUGCUAUUUGUGGAUGAGAAGGUUCUGAUUGCACGAGGACACAGUGGAAGCAAAACUGUGAGCUUGUGGACACGUUGUCAACAUGUCAAUCACCCACUGGAAACGUGAUUCAGUGACUGGAUCAUUUGCUAAAUGAACAUCACGCUGUAUUGAAGAAGACUUGAAACUAGAGAUUGAGACCAUAAACUCGUGUUUACAGCGUUCACCGAGGGAAUAAAUCAAGAGAGAAGUGGAGUCAUUUUGUCAUAGACUGCUAUGGGAUUAGAAGAGUCGCCCCCUGGUGGACACUAGAGAGGCCGCAUUCCUCCUGUCCCUCUCCAUUAUGAAGACACCAGUGAGCCGGGACACUGGUUGUCCUUCACAGACAUGAACAUGGUGACGCCAGUUUAUUUUGAGCUGCUCCGACGCACUCUGCCCUGCUACGAGAUCACAGUACCGUGAAAUUAUUACCCCUAAAAUAUGCAGCUUUACCUACCGUUUGAGUGAAAAGCUCACAAAUACAAAACUUAUUUAUGUUUUUAGAGAUUUACCUCUUCAGAAAGACAGAAUGGGCUGAGUGUCCCUUUAAAUUGUUUGGUAUUCUCUUCCCAGUCGAAAGAGUUGCAUAUUUUACUGGAACAUUAAUUAAAUUAAUUUAAAAAAUGUUUUUCAAACUUGAUCCAUGCAUUCUCCCAACAUAUUUUUUUUUCACGGCGCCAUAUGCCUUGAAAAACUAAUUCCCCUCAAGGAAUAGUUUUAGGUCCCCUUGUUGGCCCCUUUGGAAGCUGAGCUACUUGUGACUAAGCCCUUUUUCCACAGCAGUACGGGUUGUAGGUUAGAGUGAUGAAACACUAAGUAUAGCUUUGGAAAACUUCUUUGUCCCGUUGGAGAACAAGGGCAGUGGAGGACGGAGGGUCGGAAUACCAGGCUGAGGAAGAGCCCCGAGUCAUACAGACGCAUUUCUGGGUCCAAAUUAAACAGUUCCAGCUUUGUACAGUAGAAGAAAGAAGAGUUUUGGACCUUUAUUCUCAGGAACCAUUGUUCUUUAUUCAGGUGCAAUGGCAGAAAAUUUACCACCAGACCUCCACAGGCUGGAGCAGAGGGGCCACAUUGUGCUUCCAGGGCCCAGUGUGUGCAGCAGAGCUAUGGGCAAGAAGGACAACGCAUGUGGCUCUUGGAGAGACGCUGAUGACCUGAAAAGCUCUUCACAAGCUGGCGACUCGCUUCAAUCUGCUUUUCUUGGCGACAGCGCUGUCAAGGCUGCUGCCGCUGACGACGAAGACGAGGACGAGGAGGACGAGAGAGGAGAGGACGGAGAAGAGGGCCACCUGGUCUACCACGUCGGACUCCUGAUGAAAGAAAGAUAUGAGGUGGUGUCCACUCUGGGAGCGGGAGCCUUUGGAAAAGUGGUGGAAUGCCUCGACAGAGACAAGGACGAGCGCGUCGCCGUGAAGAUCUUGAGGAACAUCGAGUGUUUCCGUGACGCGGCGAGGUCUGAGGUCGCCGUGCUGGAGGAGAUCAACAGCCUGGACGACGACAACAGAUUUGCCUGUGUAAGGAUGCUGGACUGGUUCGACCACGAGGGUCACAUCUGCAUCGUGCUCCAGCUGCUCGGCCUCAGCACCUUUGAAUUCCUGCGACUGAACGAGUUCCUUCCGUUCGGCGUGGAGCAGAUCCGACACAUGGCCUUCCAGAUCUUCCGAGCGGUCUGCUUCCUGCAUCGUAACAAACUGACCCACACAGACCUGAAGCCAGAGAACAUUCUGUUCAUCUGCUCCGACUACGACCAACGAGUACAAACCCGAGACGUACUGAGGGAUGAGAAAAAGCUGAGGAGCCUGGAUGUGAAGGUGGUGGAUUUUGGCACCGCCACGUUCGACCACGAGCACCACGAAUCACUGGUGUCAACGAGGCACUACCGAGCUCCAGAGGUCAUACUGGAUCUGGGCUGGAACCAGUCGUGUGACGUCUGGAGUUUGGGCUGCGUUCUCAUGGAGUUUUACCUGGGACACGCCCUCUUCCAGACCCACGACAGUGGAGAACAUCUGGCGAUGAUGGAGAGGAUCCUGGGACCGAUUCCCCUCCACCUGCUGAAACAGACCAGAAAGCAGCGAUAUGUGCACAACGGGCGCCUGGCCUGGGACCUGCAGACCUCCAGCGACGAUCACGUCGGGAGACACUGCAGGCCGCUGAAGAAGUACAUGCGGGGGAGGAGCGAGGAGGAGAGGCAGAUGUUCGACCUGCUGGGCUACAUGUUGGAGUACGACGUGUGCAGGCGGAUCACGCUGGAGGAGGCGCUGUGGCACCCGUUCUUCAGCCCGCCGGGGGGGAAGAAGCCCCUGUGACUUUAAGCUACUUUAACGCUUUCUGAAAAUAGUUUAAUACUGAGCCGACCUCUGGCAGAAGAUUGGCUAUUUCUUCUCCUCCAUCUCCUCCUCCUCCUCCUCCUCCUCCUCCUCCAGGGGCGGAGCUUCUCCUCCCGGGGUGAUGACGCCGAGCUGCCGGAGAUCCAGGACCGACGGCUGGGCCCGCUGGAGGGAAGGGUGGGGGGGGCAACGGGAGACCCAGAUCCACGACUGAUCUGCAGUGAGAUGAUGAGAUGGUUUUCUGAAGGGAGUCUGGUGCUCGGAGACCACUUGAAUCCACGGAGACCGACAGAAUCAACAGGAAGGUUCCUCGUAGAAGCUCUAAGCAUCGACACACACACACUGUUUUGGUUUAAAGCUGACGAGUGACUUACGAUCCAGCCAGUUUCAGAGAGCGUUCCUGUCUACUUAAUCAUAAAAUGCCACCAUGAUCCAGCAGUUGUUCAGACAGAAUAUGUCUGUAUUCUCCUUCAUUUGUUCAUUGUCGUCCAUUAUUUUUUUUAUUUUGAUGUGUCUUAAUUCUGCAUCACCUCUAUUUACUAUUAAAUUUUUGGUCAUUUGUUUUUUUUGUCUCUUAAUAAUAUAAUAUAUAUAUAAUAUAAUAAUUAUAUUAAUCAAUAAUGUGUCUCUUUGAAAUCAUUUUCUGUCUUUUUGUACUUUUUUUUGUCAUUUUGUGUCUCUUAAUAAAUAAGUAAAGCAU